ACCGUGUAUAUGGUCUAAUCUUGACCACACAGCACCGUUUCCUCUAUAAUAUUCAUUGUCAACCAAUUGGGCCUUUAUAAGCUAUGAAUGGGCCAACGAGGAAAUAUUGGGCCCAUUGGAAAAGCCCAAAGAAACAAACUAGGAGUAUGACUCCAGGCAAUUCGAGACCGGGAAUCGCCACCGUCUCCUCCAUCUCCCCGGACUCUGGCGCUCCGAACCUAAUCCAGAUUUCCAGCUCCACUGAGAGCUCCUUAAAUCCUUCUGCAUUUUCAAUCAUGAUAUCUCCCCAAAUCGUCAAUUUCCAGUCCAUUCAAAACCCCAGUCUCCCUUCACUUCCGUUGUUCACAGCUGGCCACCGCCGUCUCUCUGUCCCGAAUUUCACGCCGACCCACAUCAAAUUUCCCGUUGAAGAUCGUGACUUUCGCUGGAGGUUAGUAGCUUCGGCUCGGUUGCGGAGGUCUACGACCUGUUAUGGGGUGAAGGGUUCCGGGGAGGAGACGAAAAAUGCUUCGGUGGUGAGCUCUAGUAGCGGCGGAGGAGGAGGAGACAGCGGUAGCGGUGACGGAGGUGGGGGGGACGACGGGGGUGAGGGGAAAAGCAGUGGGCUUUUGCCGGAGUGGUUGAAUUUCUCUCUGGAUGAUGUCAAGACGGUGGCCGCGGCGGUGGCGAUCUCGCUUGCGUUUCGGACUUUCGUGGCCGAGCCCAGGUUCAUUCCUUCGCUGUCGAUGUAUCCAACUUUCGAUGUCGGCGACAGAAUUGUUGCAGAGAAGGUCACAUACCGCUUCAGAGAACCUUGUACAAAUGAUAUAGUUAUAUUCAAGGCUCCUCCAGUCCUCCAAAAAGCUGGAUACACGGACGAAGAUGUGUUCAUCAAACGAAUCAUUGCCAAGGAAGGCGACAUUGUCGAGGUCCGUGAUGGGAAGGUUAUAGUAAAUGGAGUCGAGAGAGAUGAGAAGUUUAUCUAUGAGAAGCCUUCUUAUAAGAUGGAACCAAUUAAGGUACCCGAGAAUUAUGUAUUCGUGAUGGGGGACAACCGGAAUAACAGUUACGAUUCACAUGUCUGGGGCCCCCUUCCGGCAGAGAACAUACUGGGAAGAUCAGUGGUCCGGUAUUGGCCUCCUUACAGGAUCGGCAGUACAGCUUCUGAGACCAAUUGCUCUGCUGAUAAACUGGAGAGCAUAAGCAUUCGAGCCCCUGCAAUUAAGUCCGACUGACUGGCAGGCCUGCUUCUUCACCACUUCCCCUCCUUCCCAUUUUGUGUAAUUUUUUGGUAGAUUUGUAACCAACCCAUAGAUCAAACCAGCCUGGUUAUAACGAUUCUUAGCAACAAGUCGAUGGAAUUUUAUAG